AUUUUAUCUCACAUCUUUCAGGUACGCUUAAACCUGCUGACAUCCCAACAUCAUGGAUAGACAUGGCCGAUCCUUGCAUAAAACUUAUGGAGGCUCAAGUAAAGACCGAGAUGGAAGCUGCCAUGAAAUAUCUUGCGAUGGGCGCUCACUUUGCACGUGAUGUCAUAAAUCGCCCAGGCUUUAGCAAGUUCUUUUUUGAAAGCGCGAGCGAAGAGAGAGAGCAUGCGAUAAAGAUCAUCGAAUAUUUGCUAAUGCGCGGACAACUUACAAAUGACGUUAGCAAACUUCUCAAAUAUCCUUUGACUAGCAACAAUACAAAUCCAAUACGCCAAGAAUGGAACAAUGGAGAAGAAGCUCUCACUGAUGCUUUAAAAUUGGAGACGCAAGUUACGCGCAGCAUUCGUGAUAUAAUCUAUUGUCUGGAAACUCCAAAAACAUCUUCUUUCAACGAUUACCACUUGGUGGACUACCUCACUACUGAUUUCUUGGAAGAACAAUAUAAAGGUCAGCGCGACCUCGCCGGCAAAAUCUCAACAUUGGGCAAAAUGAUGCAAACACAUGGACCUUUGGGAGAAUUCUUAUUCGAUAAGAAAUUGUUGAAUGGUGAAGUUUAAAUAUUUCGACGUUAAAUUAUCGAAAUGCCGAAAUUCAAUUCGAGAUAUUCUUUUCUAUAAAUACAUGUUUAUAUAAGAUUAUAAUGGCCAUAUUUAGGAUGUAUUGUAAUUUGCGAAUCACAAGUAUACAUUUGUUUGUAUUUUCCUGUAGAUUAUGAAAAAUAAUAACAGUUUUUGUUCCGAUAUAUUUCUAAAUGUGGCCUAUACUACGAUAGAAGUAUGUGGAGUAUAAUGUUUACAAUGUUUGUUAAUCUGUAAUAUAAAUAUAUUAUCCUUGAUAAAUAAAUAAAUGAAUAAAUAUUA